AUGAGUAGUGAAGGUAGUGAACAACCAGAUGUUGAUAUGAAGUUAUGGAUGAAAGCCAUUGCUGAUCAACUUACUAAGCUUGGUGCACGAAUGAAUGAUUUGGAAUCACCAAGCAGACUCAAAUCUUUGAGGGGGCGGAUGUUUGAAGAAGGAGAAGAAGAGGAGCAUUCGGAUGGAAGAAGUAAUGGAAGGAGGCAAAGAGAUGAAUCAAAAAAAGAUAGUUAUUUGGGAAGUAUUAAGAUGACAAUCCCUGCAUUCCAAGGUAAAAAUGAUCCUGAAUUAUAUUUAGAGUGGGAGAGAAAGGUUGAACAUGUGUUUGAAUGUCAUAAUUAUUCCGAGGAGAAGAGGGUUAAACUAGCCAUUGUUGAGUUCCAUGAUUAUGCUAGUAUUUGGUGGGAUCAAAUUGUGACUAGUAGACGUAGAAAUGGGGAAAGGCCUAUUGGUACAUGGGAUGAGAUGAAGGCUGUCAUGAGAAAAAGGUUUGUACCCAGCCCCUACUAUAGAGAUUUGCACAGAAAAUUGCAAAGUCUAACUCAAGGCUCCAUGAGUGUGGAAGAUUACUAUAAGGAGAUGGAAAUAGCCAUGAUUAGAGCCAAUGUUGAAGAAGACCGAGAGGCAACUAUGGCUAGAUUCAUUGGAGGUUUAAAGAAGGAGAUAGCUGAUGUGGUAGAAUUGCAACAUUAUAUAGAGAUGGAGGAUUUGCUGCACAAAGCUAUUCUAGUGGAAAGGCAAUUGAAAGCUAAGAGUACUUCCAAAUUUACUACUAGUUCUUCAUGGAGAUCGAAUUGGCAAAACAACAAAUCUGUGUCAAAGCCAAGAGAAGAUGCAAAGGCCAAAAAUUCGAUUGCUGCACCUAAAGGUAAAAUGGAAACUAAUUCGCCCUCUAGAUCUCGUGAUAUCAAAUAUUUCAGGUGUCAAGGAGUUGGACAUAUUGCUUCUCAAUGUCCAAAUAAAAGAGCUAUGAUACUGCUGGAUAAUGGAGACAUAGAGAGUGUGAGCUCAAGUGAUGAUGACAUGCCACCAUUGGAGGAUUGUAGUGAUGUUGAAGUUGCUGAACCUGUUGUUGGAGAUGUGCUUGUUACUAGGCGUGCUCUCAACAUGCAACCUAAGGCGGGUGUUAAUGAGGAGCAACGUGAGCAUAUAUUUCAUACGAGAUGCCAUAUAAACGACAAGGUAUGCAGCUUAAUCAUUGAUAGUGGAAGUUGUACUAAUGUUGCUAGCACCUUGUUGGUUGAAAAAUUGAGUUUGCCCACAUUAAAGCACCCUAAUCCAUAUAGGCUUCAGUGGCUGAAUGAUUGUGGAGACAUAAGGGUGACUAAGCAAGUGUUGAUUUCAUUUUCCAUUGGUAAAUACAAGGAUGAAGUUCUUUGUGAUGUGGCACCUAUGCAUGCUGGACAUCUACUUCUUGGGCGUCCGUGGCAAUUUGAUAGAAGGGUUAUUCAUGAUGGGUACAAAAAUAGAUACACUCUUGUUAUGAACAAUCACACCAUUGUUUUAACACCUCUCCGACCAACUGAGGCCUAUGCUGAUCAAAUCAGAAUUACAAGAGAGUCCUUCCGAAAGCCAAUGAUAAAUGCACCAUAA